AUGGAAGAAAAAAACAUUGGUUAUGACAUUCACACAUUGAAACUUAGGAUGUUAUCGUAUGCAGCCACUGGUGACUUCGACCAAAUGGAAAAGCAUUUGGUGAAGAUGGAAGCUAAUCCUCUAGUCACCAUGGACUGGCGUGGUUAUUUUGUUGCAGCGAAAGCGUGCUUGAAGGCUGGACUGUUGGAGAGGACAUCGACAUUUCUGAGGAGAUCGGAGCAACUGAUUGACAAUGACUCAAGGAAAAUUGGUUAUGAACGCCUGAUGACUUCAUAUGCUGCUAUUGGUAAUAAAGAUGAGGUGGGUGACAUUGACGGUGCUGAGAAGAUUGUGCAGGAAUGGGAAUCUGGGGUCAAAUUCUAUGACAUUAGAAUACCCAACUUGCUGAGAAGCUUAUGGAGAGCGGAAGGGGGGAAUGCAAGCGCAUUUCUUGUUUUGGCUACGGAAUAUCAUAUGAAUGGUCACAUGGGAGAGGCAGUGGAAGCAAUGAAAAACGCAGCAAAAAUGUCAAGUCGACCAGGACGGAAGUUUAACCAUUCGACUUUGUAUGCAUGUCUUAAGUACUUGACAGAGAAGGGAGAUGAGAAAUCAGCACAUGAGAUUUUGAGAUUAUUGAGGAAAAAGGGUAAUCUACCAACAGGUUCGUGCGAUAAGUUGGAAAAUUAUGUUGAUGGUGGCCAACCCCAGGGAUUAAUAAAGUUCAGGAUGAAGGGAGGGACACAUGUAAAAGUGGAGCUUAACAAUGUGGGUAGGCUGGUAGCAGCUCAAAAGCUAUGUAAAUGUAUGAAAGCAUCUCAACCCUAA